AUGGCUUCCAAAUGCCUCAAGGCCAGCUUCUCCUCUGGAUCCCUCAAGAGCCCAGGUAAAGCUGGAGGGGGCUCCACUCGAAUGACCACAAUGUACUCCAGCAGCUCUUGCAAGCUGCCAAGUCUUUCCCGGGGAGCCCGGAGUUUCUCUGUGUGUUCUGCUGGCCUGGGUAGAAACAGUUACAGGGUUUCCAGCUGCCUUCCAGCUCUCUGCCUCCCCAUGGGAGGCUUUGCCACCAGCUACAGCACCAGUGGAGGUUGGUUUGGGGAGGGCAUCCUCACUGGCAAUGAGAAGGAGACCAUGCAGGUCCUGAAUGACCGCCUGGCCAGCUACCUGGAGAAGGUGCGGCAGCUGGAGAAGGAGAAUGCCAGCCUGGAGAGCCGCAUUCGAGAGUGGUGUGAGCAGCAGGUGCCCUAUAUGUGUCCCGACUACCAGUCUUACUUCCGGACCAUGGAGGAGCUCCAGAAGAAGACUCUUUGUAGCAAGGCAGAGAAUGCCAGGCUGGUGGUGCAGAUUGACAAUGCCAAGCUGGCUGCCGAUGACUUCAGGACCAAGUACGAGACGGAGGUUUCCCUGCGGCAGCUGGUGGAGGCUGACAUCAAUGGUCUGCGCAGGAUCCUGGAUGACCUGACUCUGUGUAAGGCUGACCUGGAAGCACAGGUGGAGUCUCUGAAGGAAGAAUUGCUCUGCCUCAAGAAGAAUCAUGAGGAGGAAGUGAACUCACUGCGCUGCCAGCUUGGCGAUCGGCUCAAUGUUGAGGUGGAUGCUGCCCCACCUGUUGAUCUGAACCGUGUUCUGGAUGAGAUGAGGUGCCAAUAUGAGACCUUGGUGGAGAAUAACCGGAGGGAUGCAGAAGACUGGUAUGACACCCAGACCGAGGAGCUGAAUCAGCAGGUCGUGUCCAGCUCGGAGCAGCUGCAGUCCUGCCAGGCAGACAUCAUUGACUUGAGACGCACCGUCAACUCCCUAGAGAUUGAGUUGCAGGCCCAGCAGAGCAUGAGAGAUGCUUUGGACUCCACCCUGGUAGAGACAGAAGCCCGCUACAGCUCCCAGCUGGCCCAGAUGCAGUGCAUGAUCGGCAGCGUGGAGUCCCAGCUUGGUGAGAUCCGGGCUGACCUGGAGCGUCAGAACCAGGAGUACCAGGUGCUGCUGGAUGUCCGGGCCCGGCUGGAGUGUGAGAUCAACACGUACAGGGGCCUGCUGGAGAGUGAGGACAGCAAGCUUCCCUGCAACCCGUGUGCCCCUGACUACUCACCCUCCAAAUCAUGCCUCCCCUGCCUUCCAGCAGUCUCUUGCAGCUCCGGAGCAGUGCGCGCAACCAACAGCCCCCGCCCUGUCUGUGUUCCCUGCCCAGGGGGCAGGUUCUGA